AUGGCAAAUAUCAUCAUGGAUACUUUCACAACGAUUACUCAGAAAGAUUUUAUAUGGCCUAAUCCUAAACCACUUCUUGCUAAACCUGCACAACCUCCUAUGGAUACCGGUAUCCGAUUAUAUCUUCAUAGACCUAAAGAAGAAGAUUGCAAAUGCGAUGUUCAUGGUUUUCAAACCGACAAAAAAAGAUACGUUCAGUUGGCCAAUAAAGAACGAAGACUUCAAGGUGAAUUGAUUGCAGUUAAUCAUGAAAUGGCAAAUCUCACGACGACUUUGUUGAACAGUACCUGUGAAACUGAUGAUGAAACAAUGAAAAGUCUUUAUGAAAUUGAUUAUGAAAAACGAGAGUUACCUAUAGCUCAUUAUAGAACACUUAUGGCAGCUGUUGAUUCUCCUAUUGGUGCUCCUAUCAAACCAGCUAUUACCGAUCUAAGAGAUGCUUACAGAGAUCCAACUAGAUUUAGAUAUUCGGCUAUUGAAAGACCAACUAUUGAACCUGCUAAAACUAUCAACCUAUUGACAGGUCUCACCACAAGGAGGUUGCUGCUCACGGAGACCCACAAUUUAUUCGUUCAUUCGGAUUGUUUUGCUGAUCGUAUAGAAGAGGACUGGCAAAUUGAUCCACGUUUAGCUUCUAUACCAACUAAAUUUGAUGAGGCUGCAGAAAGACUUGUGCAUAAACAAAUAUUGGAUAAUACUAGAACAAUUUAUCAAGUUAGCUAUAAAGAUCCCUGGAGUAUUCAUAAAGAAGAAGAACUUAAAAAAAAAGAUGAAGAAACAGAAAAGUCAAAAACUUCCAAAGAAAUUAGUUUCCAAAGCGAAUUAUUCACAUAUAUCAAAAAAUUAUACUUCAAUCCACAUGACGAAAAAGUUCUAGCUCCUCCUACUACAUCCAAACGAAGUAUACUUGCUGGAGUUUGUUUCCACUUGCAUUGGGUAAAGGGCAAAGAAAGUUUAGAUAGAUGGCAUACUAGAGUUACAUUGCGUAACUUAAAUGUUGUAGGAUUUAUUAGUGCAGUUUCUGGUAUGACUGCAUUGAUUUGGUAUCUGUUUCUUACAUUUUAUCAAUCAAUUCCUAUAUUACCAAUUUCUCAAAGUACUGCUAUUACUGCAGUAUGGGCUUUUAUUUGUGGAAUAUGGGGUAUCUUGUUGAUGUUUUACUCCAAUAAAUAUGAAUUACUUAUUCAAGAAGGAACAGCUCCUAUUCUUAAUGAAAGUACUGCUUAAAGAUUUUUAUAUUUUGUUUAAAUAUUCAUAUUUUUCUAAUCAAGAAUAUAUAUAAAUGUAAGUCUAUAACAAAUCAAUACUUAAUUCAUAAAUAAACCUGAUAAAAGA